GGAAAUCAAAUGUCAAAGCAAAUCAAAAUGUUCGGAUCAAAAUGUGAUUUUGACAUUUAUUUCAGUAGUGAUAAAAUUUCGAUUAGUAUCCGCACGUUGAAUGGUUGACCGUUUUUUUUCAAUGCCAAAUCAAUUCCCAGCAUCACUUCACACCAGUCUGCUUUCAUUUUGAAUGUGGCGGACCCUAUAGAAAUAUUGUAAAUGAAUUGUGUAGUUCCAAUGUUUAGAUACUGAGAAAUUAUAUAACGAAAGCUGCAAUUUGCGUCGACUUGUAUAAUUGCUCAGCGUUUUUUUCAUUAAAAACAUAUGUGAAAUUUGAUAGCGUGUUUAUUUAGGCAACAGAAAAUCAGAUCCAAGAAAUGCUAUGCUUUGAGAAAACACGGUGAAAGGAUGUUAUCAAUUUUUCAGUAAUGUCAUUGAAAAGCCGCUACUUCGGGAAAUGUCGAAAACGCCGGAUAAUACCAAUAAGCGCGUCCCAUCUAAUAAGCAAAUGUUCCGAAACGAGAGACAACUAUCCAACUUUAGUCUGGAAUGGCGGGAAUUUCUGUGCGGCUGGAGCGCCGCCUUCUUCAACAUUGGUCUCACAUAUCCUAUUCAUAAGAUGAUAUUUCGCCAAAUGCUGCACGGCGUGCCAUUCUCGUCGGCCUUUGCCCAGUUGCGCCAUGAAGGCAUUGGGUACCUGUAUCGCGGUAUUCUCCCACCGCUAGCACAAAAAACUAUUUCGCUGUCGAUCAUGUUCGGCGUGUACGAUGGCUCGCGUAAAGCGCUCACCAAGUCCAUGAACAUGGGCGAGUAUAGUGCCAAGUGUUGCGCAGGACUGAUAGCAGGGAGUUUGGAGGCAGGCCUGCUGCCGUUCGAGCGAGUACAAACUCUUCUUGCCGAUCAAAAGUAUCACACUAGGUUUAGGAAUAUGCCGGACUGCUUCAAAUACGUAUACGCCCACCAUGGUGCUAAGGAGUUGUUUAGGGGCAUGGUUCCUGUGCUGUUUAGAAACGGGCCUUCGAAUUCCAUGUUUUUCUUGAUGCGGGAAGAAGCUGCAGCGAAGUUACCAAAACAUAAAUCUUCAACCCUGCAGUCACUGCAGGAAUUCGCGUCUGGUGCUAUAAUUGGGGCAAGUUUAAGUGCACUUUAUUACCCAUUCAAUGUGAUCAAGGUGUCGAUGCAGAGCGAGAUGGGUCAUGCUUAUGAAGGCAUGCUCACUGCCGCACAACGAAUUUACUGGGAGCGCGGGUUUUCGAUAAAAAGAUUCUAUCGGGGCUGUGGCUUUAACGCACUACGGGCUUCUGUCAGCUGGGGCGUGACAAACACCGCGUACGAGAAUAUUAAAACGUUCAUUUAUAAAAUUUAAAGAGAUUCUUUGAGAUUUCCUAUUUGGUUCCUUGUUAAAAUCCGCCUCAUUGUUCGAGGGCGCACUACAAUCAAUGUUCGGAUCAUUCAAAAUUGCAUCGAUCCGAAUUCUGUCAGAUCAUCCAAUGGUGUCCAAAUGUAAAUUUUCCUUUUUUUUAUAAAAAGAACCACAAAAUGAAGUAUGCCAAGAUUUAAACCGAAAAAGAAUAGAAACUCGAAAGGAGUAUUCGAUGGGGCACACUGCGCUUGGAAGCAGCAAGAGGGGAACUUUCUAGUCUAGUCGGGAAUCAUGUUAUCUUCGAUAAGCUCAUGAUUUAGCAUUUAUUUCCGUUAAAAACGAAUAGCACGUAAAGAAUAAUUUGAUGGUAAUAGUUACAGAUUUGUAUAAAGCCUACAUACAUAUACCGGCGCUGUGUAUAGUUUCUAUUUCGUAGUUUAACUAUUUAUUUUCUAAAUAAAAGACAAUUUCAAGAAAA